GCGCCCCUGCUCGGCGCCGCCCCUCUCCCGUCUCCCCGCCGCGGGGCGGUUCCGGGGCGGUCCCCGCGGCGCAUGGCGGCGCUUCCGCUCGGCGCGGCGGCACCGGCACCAUGAACUACAUGCCGGGCACGGCCAGCCUCAUCCAGGACAUCGACAAGAAGCACCUGGUGCUGCUGCGCGACGGCCGGACGCUCAUCGGGUUCCUGCGCAGCAUCGACCAGUUCGCGAACUUGGUGUUGCACCAGACCGUGGAGCGCAUCCACGUGGGCAAGAAGUAUGGGGACAUCCCUCGAGGCAUCUUCGUCGUGAGAGGCGAGAACGUCGUCCUGCUGGGGGAAAUAGACCUGGAGAAGGAGAGCGACACGCCGCUGCAGCAGGUCUCCAUCGAGGAGAUCCUGGAGGAGCAGCGGCUGGAGCUGCAGGCCAAGCAGGAGUCGGAGAAGCUGAAGGUGCAGGCGCUGAAGGAGCGGGGCCUCUCGGUGCCGCGGGCGGACACCCUGGAUGAGUACUAACGGUGCCGCCACGGACACGUCCCCCGCAGUGGGGCAGGGGUGCUGUCUGCCCGCGUGCUGACAGAGCUCCCCGGGAAGGCUGCCUUUAUCUCACGAUUGUGUUUUCUGUGGCGCAGACAACUAAAAAAUCAUGGUUUCGGUUCCUCCAUGUGGAAAAGGAGGAGCCAUGGCAUUGGGCUGCCCGUUGAGGUAACGAACGCUCUGGUGAGCGAGAGAGUUUUUGUUCCGAGGCAAAUCCCUUGGGUCUUUUUGUUUGCUUUUUCCUCAUGUGACUCUGGACAAGAGUUCCCCUUGACGUGUAAAUAAAUCCUUAAUCUCAACAGCA